AAAUAUCACACGCUUUAAACAACGAAAUAAACAUCCUCCAGCUAACAGUAUCCAGCUAGCUGCCUGUGCACAGCAGCAGUGUGACAGCAGGUUAAAGCUCUUUCAUGCGAAACGUGAGACUAACUGCGAGGAAUCAUGUUCGAAAACUUCAGAGAAAGACUCCACAUGGUCCAGCAAGAUUUCACUACGGGUUUCAAGACCCUUGGAGACAAAUCAAGAGACACCAAAGUCAGGAGAAGACCCAGGUUUGAAGAGAGCCUUCCUCAUUUCAGUGCUGGACUGGACAUACUCAGCAGGUAUGAGGAGAGCUGGUUUCUGCUCCACAGAAGAACUAAGGACUGUGCUCAGGCUGCAGAGGAAGUAGAUGGGGACAUGGUGAUGCUGUCUGCUCACUGGGAGAGGAAGAGAGCGGCUCUGACCCAGCUGCAGGAGCAGCUGCAGAGCGUGCCGGCCUUCAUCGGCGAUUUGGACGCCAUGACUGCUAACAUCGCUCAUUUGGAGGGAGACUUUGAGGAGAUGGAGAGCAAGCUGAUGUACCUGGAGACGUUGUGCUGUCAGUGUGAACAACAGACUGUCCAACAGCAGCAUAUCAACCAACUAGAAGCCUACAAGAAGAAGAAGAGGAAGGAGGUGGAGGCCCUGGAAGUGGAACUGAACUCUGAGCAUGCUCAGAAGGUGGCAGAGCUGGAGCAGACUAUGAAGCAGAAACUGAGAGAACGACAGAAAGUGUACGAGGAAGCCUUCAACCAAGACGUGCAGCAAUACCUGUCCACUGGAUACCUGCAGCACAGAGAGCAAGCAGGAACAGACGUGCGUGUUCUGGAUCAGAUGACAGUCACCAACAUAUCAGACCAGGAGGCUUUGGAUGACUUCCUCAACUCCACUGGUGAUGACAUCAGCACAGGGUCCUCCCUGACCUCCGGUCCAGAUCUCGAGUCCUGCUCUUCUGAAUCUGAAAUGAAAAGCCAAAUUAUACAAGCGCCUCCCACAAAGAACCAAGCGUCCAACCAGGCUGCAGAGUGGGAGCAGGAAGAGGAAGAAGCUGCCAGUGAGGAGAACUACGAGCCUCUGGUGCAGUCAGACGAGGAGGACAUCCAGCCGGACAUGUCCCUGGUUGCUCUGCAGGACGUUGGCACAUUAAGAGGCUCUGAUGAGAGUGACCCCGCAGAGGACCUGCCAUCUGGGUAACUUAGCAACCAAGCCCUUGAAACUUCUUGAUAACUAUGCAUCACUAACUACUGUCCCCCUCUGCUCUGACCUGUCACAGUUCCUCUCUGCAGCAACAUGAGCACCAGUCACGGCUCUCUGAACAUUUGACAACAUGACACACAUUACCUUCUAUGUGCAUAGAGACAAAUCUAUCCUUUCUAUCAUUUGGUAUAAGGCGUCUUCCAGAAAGCAGCUACCACGGCGACCAUACUGUAGAUGGAGCAGCUGGUGCCACUGUACAACAUGUGCAGUAAGGCAGUGGUGGUAACAAUGAUACAUGCAUUGAAAUCACAUUAAGACCCUCUUGAAGCCACAGGACUUCUUGACACUCCAACUUCAUUUAUAAGAAAAGAGGGGGCGACAGUCUGACUGAUCUCUAAACUGGCAGUCAACAAUUCUUAAUUUAUUAGGCUGGUAAUACUUUAUAUUGUUCAUGAAAAGCAGCAAUUAGAUGACCCUACUAACCUGAGAUAUCAUAAUCGUCUACUAUAUCUAAAAAUAUCAUACUGAAAACGGUUGUGUUAAAAAUCCUAAAGGCCGACUUUUGAAACACAAAAACCUUUGUCAGAAAAAAAUAUGUUUGUAUUUGUGUCCUCACCCAUUCAAUAAAAACAUCUCUCUUUAUAUCAUA